AUCCAGUCACGGUUAGCACCAUGGCGGUGACCAAGGAGCUCUUACAGAUGGACCUGUACGCGUUAUUAGGUAUCGAGGAGAAGGCGACGGACAAAGAGAUGAAGAAGGCAUAUAGGCAGAAGGCCCUCUCCUGCCACCCAGACAAAAAUCCGGAUAAUCCCAGAGCAGCUGAACUCUUCCAUCAGCUUUCUCAGGCCUUGGAGGUACUGACCGAUGCUGCUGCCAGGGCUGCAUAUGACAAGGUCAGGAAAGCCAAGAAGCAGGCAGCAGAGAGAACCCAGAAACUUGAUGAGAGAAGGAAGAAAGUGAAGCUUGACCUGGAGGCCCGGGAGCGGCAGGCCCAGGCCCAAGGCGGCAAUGAGGAGGAGGAGGAGGAGGAGAGCCGGAGCACCGGGACACUAGAGCAAGAGAUCAAACGCCUGCGAGAAGAGGGUUCCCGACAGCUGGAGGAGCAGCAGAGGGUGAUCCAGGAGCAGAUACGCCAGGAACGGGAACAGAGGUUGAGAGGAAUGGCAGAAAAUCCUGAAAGCAAAGGAACCCCCAAGCUAAAGCUCAAGUGGAAGAGCAAGAAGGAGGCCAAGUCACAAGGUGGCUAUUCCAGAGAUGUCCUCCUGCGGCUUUUUCAAAAGUACGGAGAGGUGCUCAACCUGGUACUGUCCAGUAAGAAGGCAGGCACCGCCGUGGUGGAGUUUGCAACCAUCAGGGCUGCGGAGCUGGCUGUCCAGAAUGAAGUGGGCCUAGUCGAUAACCCUCUGAAGAUUUCCUGGUUGGAGGGACGACCCCAGAGCACAAUGGGCCCUAACCACCCAGGACUGUCCCAGGUAAGGAGCCAGGCCUCACGCAGCCGGGCCUACUCAGGCUUCGGGGCGCCUCUUCCUGUUUGGGCUCUUCUCAGGGCCCUUUCCUCGCAAAUCCUAGUCAUCAGGAAUAUGGAGAGAUUGGCAGGUCCGCCAAUCCAAGCAGGACUGAGAUUUCUUGCUGAUCCCCUUUCCUCUCUGAGUGCCAGUGGGGCCCACCCUGUGCAGACCUCUUAGACCUUAUUUUCCAUGUUCUGGUCCCCUUUGGGUCUCUCAUCAUCACCCAAAGGCAUUGUCCUGGCCUGCGGGUUACUUGGUUACAAUGUGAAGCGUUUGGCACUGAGAUGACCUGGUGCUUCAGGGGAGGGGCCGGUGAUGAGGGUGGCUGCUUCCUUCCCCAGCUUCCUUCCAGGUGUGUCCAUGGCUGUCCCAGAUGGGGACUUAAUGUCAAGAGGCAAUAUCUCCUCUUUAGAAAUAACACUGGCUACCCUGCCGACACUGAGGUGCUGCCUGGUGCCCGACUUGUGGUAAAGCACGCGCUUGAGCUGACACACCCCCAGCACCGGCUCUUAGUCCUGACAGCUCCAUGAAGGCUUAUGUUCUGCUCCCCACCACACACGUAUACACACACACAAAGCCCUGGUUACACUUGCCCCCACUUAGGUGGGACAAGAGCUCUCUCUCCCUUCUCUGAAGUGCCCGGGUGUCUGUGUGAGAGCCUCAGGCUGAUAUGUUCCAGUCCCUCUGUGGGGAAGAAUGCCCCUCCUCGGGUCAGCAAGGGCUCUGCUCCCAUUGCCUCAGGCACCACGCUACCACGCCCCUCACCUGGCGGUAAGGAUGACGAGCUCUCUGGAGUGUGUCACAGACCCUGGACAGAGGAAGCAAAGGACCUGGUCUGAGCUUGACUCAGGACUCUUCUUUAGAGACCGUUUCCCCACAGUUAAGGCCCAGCAUUUCACGGCCCCAGACGGCACUCCAUAGGCUGUGUUACAAAGAGCUCUCUUUAUCACCAUCCCACGGGGGCUUUCAGUUCAGCGCAGCCACACAAGAGGAGGGAAGGGGGAGGCCACAGGUUUGGGUUGUGGAGGCGCUGUGUGUCCAGGCUUCACUUCCCCCUCUGCCACACCCGGAAAGGCCUGGGGUGUCAGAAGCACAUGCGACCAACCGGGCUCUGGCUCCAAGUCUUUUGGCCAGGCCUCAGGGUGGGGUUGUAGUCCCGUCG